AAUAUGUCAAGAACAAUAAAGACCAGAGAAUAUAAUGUAUGCAGUUACCACCAUCAGCAGCUCUGAUUCAUUAUUAAGGAGAACGGUUUCGGUACUGCUAUUUAGGACUGUGAUGAACCUACCUACUCAGGAACAUUGCAUCUCCUAGCACUGGCCCUUGCGGAUAAUGCUCUCUUUGGGUUCUCCAACCCAGAAGAAGACUUUGAGCAAAGAAUCCCGGAAGGGGAAGACAAACUUGUCCUGAGAUAGAAUGCUGAAGCCAAGGAUAGAUACAUUGUUCGAGGUGUCACUGCCGAAAGUGUCAGUGGAAAACCGUUGGUCAGGAAGAAAUAUCAAGACGGUCUAUAUAAGAUUCUUGCCAAUGCUGGCUAUUCUGUUACUGUCACGGCACAUGUGAUGCGCCGCGAGUUAGGAAGAGCUGUUCAAGAUCAGUCCUCGCUUCUCUCCCAUCUUAUCUAAGAAUCUAACCAAGUUCUGGCAUAGGGAAAUACUCCUCGGCUGCCGUGGCUCAAAUCCUUACACAAAGGUCUAAAACUGUGUACGGACAUGACUAUCUUGCCAACUGUUCUGGCAUGGAUGUAUUCAAUGCUCUACGAGGCAGAGCCGCAGGUCAUACUUACAUUGACUACCCUCAAGGCUACGACCGAUUUCACGAGGAUGGCCUCCAUCGUCCGUUGCCUAUAGAAGAAGAACAGAAGAUCGAUGUAGACCCGUGUUUGGUUACCAAAGCCACAGAAACCCAGCAAGCACAAUCAGAUGAUGACAUCAAAAGACUAAGGCGCGAAUAUAGCAUCCUUAAGAGAAGGAUCUCUUCGAGCAGGUUGCAGCAAUACCAGAGUCAAUGGCACACAAUGACAUUACUGUACAAGGCUUCGGCCUUCCGAUACAUUACAUUACACCGCCACAGAACGAAUAUAAUUACAUAAUAUGUCACAAAUGACACAUUUCUGUUACGGUACCAUGUAUGUGUAUUGUAAGUCUCCUCUCAUUUAAUUGGGUUCAGCCAAUGUUUGAAUCCUCUUUUGUUUCUGUCAGUUGGUUGGUUUCUCUGCCACCUGUGAACCUCUUCCAUCAGGGUAUAUGAUCGAGUCUUCAUCUUAACAUGAAAGCCUCCAUGAAAUGCGGCAAUCUCAAUGUCCAUCUACACACAUUGAACCACAUAAGUUCGAAAAUUGUACGCCCCGACAGUGCGUUUCUUCCCCUAGCUAUCCCCGUUACCUAUGUAGCAUUAGCAAUUGCCAUUCUUGAAGAGGCCUGCGCCCAAGAGCUUUAAUUAGGCCAUGAAUCUAGGCUUUUCCUCUACUUUGAAGCUAUACCUCGAUAUGUAUGCCAAAGUAAAAGAAAAGAAAAGGAAAAGAAAAAAGGAAACAAAAACCAGGCAAAGAACCUUGAGGAUGCUUUCAGCUUCCAUACA